AUGAUUCCCAUUCAGUCGCGGAUACGCGACAUGGCUCUGGCCAAGUCCAGUGCAGUCGCUCCCGUCGCCAGUACCGAUCCAGCUCAGGUCACCUUCACAUGGAGUGGAAGCUCCUUUGAGUGCUCGCCUCUCUCCAACCCGUCCGCUCCACCACCCACUCCAACCAACUCGCUGCUCGACAUUCAUCCCCGCAAGUCCUCUUUCUCCAGCGAGUACGGUCUGGAUGCCGCCUGUGCAUUCCCCUCCUGGCCCCAGCGACCCUCUCUGGCCACCGGUAACUCUCAAGACUCUGUUUGCAGCGCCUAUCUCUCCGACGAAGAUCUUCUCUGGAUGCCCGAGAACGCCGGUAUGGAGCCCGCCGGGUUGACUGCCGAUGUCGCCGGGGCCACCCAGAAGCAAUCCUCCAUGACGACGGAGCAGCAGAUGGCGCGUCUUCGCGCGGCCGCCGAGGAAGAAGAUCGUCUACGCUUCCUGGCCAAGGUUGAAGCUCACGCGCGUGCAACUCAAGCUCUUCGUCAGACCAAACAAGCCACGACCGCCUCCUCAGACCAUGACAACACUCCUUCCAAGCGUCGAAAGCGACGAGUUGUCCCAACCCCCAAGCGUCGCGCACACUCGUCAUCCGCGAAGAUGACUACCACUGCGCACUAA